UACGUUCAGUGUUUCCCAACUCUUAUUUAUUUGGUUUUCUAGGGAAAAGAUUGAUAAGAGGCUAGUCAAGAGCAAUUACAAUGAUUCCAAGAGCAUGCCCUCGUAAUUUGGUUCAAUCUUUACGCCCUGCUUCUGCUGUUCCAAAGUUUGGAACUUACUACCGUUAUACAUCUGAAGCUGCAUCUUCUCUGCAGCAAGUUUACGAACCAUCUCCUUACAGUGCCGAUGAGUGCGCUGACAUGGAUUGGGAUAAUAUUGGAUUCGGUCUUGUGCCAACUGAUUAAAUGUACUCAAUGAAAUGUUCUGAUUACUGCAAGUUUGAACAAGGUCAGCUUACUCGCUAUGGAAAGAUCGAGCUGAGCCCUUCAGCAGGAGUCUUAAAUUAUGGGCAGGGACUGUUUGAAGGUCUGAAAGCAUACAAAAAAGAAGAUGGACAACUUCUUCUCUUUCGUCCAGAUCAGAAUGCCAUCCGCAUGGCCAUUGGCGCUAAAAGAAUGUGCAUGCCUUGUCCCUCCAUCGAUCAAUUCAUUGAUGCAGUGAAAAAAACUGCUCUUGCCAAUAAGCGUUGGGUUCCACCUCCUGGAAAAGGGUCCUUAUACAUUAGGCCUUUGCUCAUGGGAAGUGGUGCCAUAUUGGCUUUGGCUCCAGCACCUGAAUACACUUUUCUUGUAUUUGCCUCUCCCGUGGGCAAUUAUUUCAGGGAGGGUUUGGCUCCUUUGAACGUGUAUGUGGAGGAUGAAUUUCAUCGCGCCACACCUGGCGGAGCUGGAGGUGUCAAAACCAUAUCUAAUUAUGCGCCAGUUCUGAAAGCACUAAGCAGAGCAAAAAUCAGAGGAUUUUCUGACGUUUUGUACCUUGACUCUGUGAAUAAGAAAAAUUUGGAGGAAGUCUCCUCCUGUAACAUUUUCAUUGUAAAGGGCAACGUUAUAUCAACUCCUGCUACAAAUGGGACUAUUCUUGAAGGGAUUACCCGCAAAAGCAUCAUUGAAAUUGCACAAGAUCACGGUUUCCAGGUUGAGGAAAGAGCAGUUCCAAUUGAUGAGUUAUUUGAUGCGGAUGAAGUAUUUUGCACGGGAACUGCUGUCGGUAUUGCUUCUGUCGGCAGCAUUACAUAUCGGGACAAGAGAAUUGAGUACAAAAGGGGUGCUGAAUCUGUGUGUGGGGAGCUUCACUCAGCUCUUGUUGGAAUUCAGAGGGGCAUAAUUGAGGAUAAGAAGGGUUGGACUGUUGAGAUUCAUUAAAUCCAUCUGCUUUGAUGUAUCUAAAAACAUUGUGUAGGUUAAUGUUAUGGAUGAGGCUCCUUCUCCCAUUUAUCAUUUAAAUGUUAUUAGUGUCGCGUUGAAGGCACAGAAUAAAUGCAUGUGAAAGGCAAGAGAAAUGUGUUAUGGCUA